AUGGCCGAAUUGAGGGAAGAAAUAUCUAUACCUGCGCCGAAACGUUUCGGGCGGGUACCCCAAUUAGUGGAGCUACGAGCUCCCGGGGACGACUGGACCGGAGUGACGAGGACGGCCGAUCGGAGGCGGCGACAGAACCGUCUUAACCAGAGAGCAUACCGGAAGCGGAAGCAGGCACAGGCUGGGGCAUCAGAACAGCUUGUCGUCAGUCAAGGACAGUCCGCUUCGACCAGCGCCUUCGCCCCCGAUGGCUACCUCAUGAUCGACCACCCGCGGACCCGCGCCGUCACAUAUGCCUUCAUGCAGCUUGCUUACAUGCAGUAUACCCUCAAGAACCACAGGCUAACCUACCUCCCGUCCCUCAUCCGCCUCAACGCUAUCAAUGCCCUGUCCGAAAAUGCGCAUACGAUUGGUCUCCCGCUCCACGGUCUAUGCCGUGACGAGCUAAUCUCGCCAUUUAAUGCACUUGGACCGAAACUCCUUGACAUCGUGCCAGUGGAAAACACUUGUCCCGAGAACAUGCGCCCGACGGCGUUGCAGCAGGCGGUCGAACACCACCCAUGGACAGAUCUCCUCCCCGCUCCGCGACUUAGAGAUAAUGUCUUGAAUGCGAUCACGAGCGGGGCUAUCGACGAAGAUGAGCUUUGCGCUGAUCUGAUGGAAAUUUCGAAGAGCGACGAAGAGGAUGGGCCAUACCUCAUCGUCUGGGGAGAGGCGUCCGAUGUAUACAAUUGGGAGGCUAGCAUUGGGUUCAUCAAGAAAUGGGGCGGGCUGCUUCGGGGAUGUCCAGAAUUGAUUGAGUCGACGAACCGAUGGCGAUUGAAGCGAGGCGAGAAAAAGCUCGGCGUCCAGGUGUGA